ACUUUCUUCAAUGAUGCCAAGCAUGAAACAGAAAAUCAUUUUCCGUAGAUUGAAAGUCUUCCCUUGAAUGUGCUGUGUUUACGUUCAAGCUGUUAUUUUGCAGAUAAUGAAAAAACAAAAGCAGGGGAAGGGAGAAGGUGGGGGUAAUGGUUUUUUGAGGUCCGACGGGCUUCUCUCAAAGUCAACAAUUUAUUCAACUAAAAUUAUUUAAUUGAAACCAAGUGGCGGGUGACGCGUGGAGGGAAUGAUGAUUAGGAAACCUGAUGAUCUCUCCUACCAGUCCAAGCCUCUCUCCUGAAUUUGGAUAGUUGUUUACAUCUUUCCCGUUCUUGUGACAAUUGCCAACUACUUUUCAAGCUUCCAUGUAUAGCAUCGUCACGUAAGCAAACGACAUCGUAUGAAAGAUUCCCACCUCCCACCACCUUCGUUGUCUCUCUGGAAUCUAGAUGUAUAGACUCGUAUCUUCUUCGGAAUUGUAGUUCCAUCAAUAACUUUCAUCUGAUCUGUUACUCACCCUUUACCAGAGAUGGCAGGGAGGUCUUUUCUGCGGAGUUCAACCGAUGAGAGUAAAGAAAGAUUGCUUUCAAGGAAAGGGUAUUCGGAAUUCGGUUUGAACAGCUCUGAUGGUAGUGAGGAUGGAGUUAAAUGCAGGUGUUUUCGAUCGUGUUCUGAUUCAAUUAAUAAAUUCUGGGAUGGUUUGCAAGAAAGCUCUGUCAAGUUAUAUGAAAUGGGUCAAUCAGAUCCUCGGAAGGUCUUUUUCGCUGCGAAAAUGGGCUUUUCGCUAGCUAUGGUAUCACUGCUUAUAUUUUUCAAAGAGCCUCUAAGGAAUGCUAGUCAAUACUCGAUAUGGGCAAUUCUUACUGUUGUCGUGGUUUUCGAAUUCAGCGUCGGUGCAACUCUUAACAAAGGAUUCAAUCGAGCUUUGGGGACUUUCUCUGCUGGAGCCCUUGCUUUAGGCAUUGCAGAAUUAUCAAUAUUGGCUGGAAAGUUUGAAGAAGUUAUCAUUGUGAUUAGCAUUUUCAUAGCAGGAUUUUGUGCAAGUUAUGCGAAAUUGUACCCUCCCAUGAAGACAUAUGAAUAUGGUUUUCGGGUAUUCUUGUUGACAUAUUGUAUCGUACUGGUGUCUGGAAACAACACAAGAACCUUCUUCGACACUGCUUUUUAUCGAUUGUUGCUUAUUGGGAUUGGUGCUGGCAUUUGCUUGGUUGUAAAUAUAUGUAUAUACCCCAUAUGGUCAGGGGAGGAUUUACAUAAAUUGGUGGUUAAAAAUUUCAAGAGUGUUGCUACUUCGUUGGAAGGCUGUGUUAAUGGAUACCUGCAAUGUGUUGAAUAUGAGAGGAUCCCUUCCAAAAUUCUUACAUACCAAGCAUCUGAUGAUCCAUUGUAUAGUGCUUAUAGAUCAGUUGUGCAGUCUUCAAGCCAGGAGGAAUCUCUGCUAGAUUUUGCCUUAUGGGAGCCUCCACACGGUCCUUACAGAACAUUCAACUACCCUUGGAGAAAUUAUGUCAAAGUAAGCGGUGCACUGAGGCAUUGUGCUUUCAUGGUGAUGGCAAUGCAUGGGUGCAUACUUUCAGAAAUUCAGGCACAACCGGAGAAGAGACAAGUGUUUGCCGGCGAGCUUCAGAGGGUUGGUAAUGCAGGAGCUAAAGUACUGCGUGAACUUGGAGAUAAGAUUGAAAAGAUGGAAAAGUUAAGCUCUGCAGAGAUACUCAAGGAAAUACAUGAGGCAGGAGAGGAUUUGCAAAUGAAGAUAGACGAAAAAUCAUACCUUCUAGUCAAUUCAGAAAGCUGGGCAACUGCACCGCAGUUCAAGGAAUAUGAAGAACCUAUGAUGAGCAUAAUCGAUGUUAAAGAUGAUGAGAACAAAGUGAUCAAAUCCCUGAGUGAUAUGUUUGAUGUUCAGAACCCAAACACGGGCAUGGACUCUCGCAUUUCAGAUUUAAUUUCCUCAGACAGUAUGCUCAAGAAACCAUCAUGGCCGCGUCUGUCAUUCACUGCAGAUGCCUUGCUGAGCCAACAGGAAUCCAAAAUAUAUGAAAGUGCUAGCUCUUUAUCCUUAGCAACAUUUGCAUCACUCUUGAUUGAGUUUGUUGCAAGGCUUCAAAACCUUGUCGACGCAUUUCAAGAACUCAGUGAGAAAGCAAAUUUCAAGGUACCCAUCGACCAACCAGCUGGAAAAGAGGUGGUAGGCUUUUGGAACAGACUAAGAAGUUGCUUUCACUCAAAGAACUGA